AUGUCGAGCCCAAGAUCACCGGCGCCGGCCACAGUCCAGGACUGCUGGGACUGCAUGCUCCCGGGCCCGCCCAGCCGCAGCAACUUCGGAUCCGCUGACGUCAGCCCCGCCGGUCUCCUCGCGUUCCCUGCCGGCAGCUCCAUCUCCGUCGUCGACACUCGCUCAAUGCAGCUCGUCGUCUCCCUCCCCAUGCCUCCCCCCUCCUCCGCCACGUCAUCCCUCUCCGCCUUCGUCACCUCCGUCCGGUGGACCCCGCUCCCUCUCGGCCGCGACCUCCUCUCCACCGAGCCUUCCAGCUCCCACCUCCUCCUCGCCGCCGGCGACCGCCAGGGCCGCAUCGCGCUGCUCGACCUCCGCCUCAAGAGCCCCGUCCUCUGGUUCGACUCCGACGACCGCCUCGCCGUCCAGGACAUCUGCUGGGUCCAGGCCCGACCCGACUCCUACCUCCUCGCCGCGCUCUCCGGAUUCUCCUCCCUCUCGCUCUUCUCCUCCUCCACCGGCCGCUGCUUCUGGAAAUACGACGCCGCGCCGGAGAUUCUCUCCUGCGUCCGCCGCGAUCCCUUCGAUUCCCGCCAUUUCUGUGUCGUCGGACUCAAAGGCUUCUUGCUCUCCGUCACCGUUUUAGGCGAGACGGAGGACGACGUCGUUAUCAAGGAGCUUCAGAUUCGGACCGAAUCCAAUGAGCUGCUGAAGCUGGAGAGGGAGCUGGCCGGCGGCGGAGGAGGAGGAGUUGCAGGGAGCAGCACGUCGUCGGCUUCCGCGGCGUUCCCGCUCUACGCCGCGAGGUUUGCCUUCUCGCCGCAAUGGAGGCACAUUCUGUAUGUGACGUUCCCCAGGGAGCUGGUGGUGUUCGAUUUGCAGUACGAGACGCAGCUGUUUACAGCUGCAUUGCCUCGUGGCUGUGGCAAGUUUAUGGAUGUGUUGCCGGAUCCGAAUAACGAGUUUCUAUACUGUGGUCAUGUUGAUGGGAGGCUCAGUACUUGGCGCCGAAAAGAAGGAGAACAGGUGCACGAAAUGUGUUCAAUGGAAGAGUUGUUGCCCUCGCUUGGCACAUCAGUACCUUCUCCUUCAGUUCUUGCUCUGGCCAUCUCCCAAUCAGAUUCAACCUUGCAAAACAUCGGCAAGCUAUAUUCUGAUGCGCCGGAUUCUCCUUUCUCCGCUGUGGAAUUUGAUAAUCCUUUUGAUUUUUGUGAUGCGCCUCUUGUUCUUUCUAAAACACAUUUGGUCUCCAUUUCGGAUGAUGGGAAAGUUUGGAACUGGCUCUUGACUGCUGAAGGUGAAUACAAUCACAAGGAUGAUAAAGACUUGGAUGUGGUUUCUAAUAUCACUGAACUGUCGGUUACUGGAACCAAUACAAAUAGUGUAGUUGCUUCGACUGGAGGAGUUGAGAUGGAAGUGAGUAAGAAAUCUGAACAGAGCAGUGGUGGCAGAAGUCGACAUUCAAGUUCUACCAUCAGCCAUACAAGAAUUGCCAUGCUGCCAAUUCAUCUAGUGAAACAUUUAGAUUUCAGAUUUAUGUAUGCUUACAAAGCCAAAUUACUGAUGCAGAUUAGCUUAGUAGGACAGCUUCAGCUUCUUUCUUCAGCAGUGACUAUGCUAGCUGUACCUUCACCUUCUUCAACAGCUACUUUGGGCCGUGGGGGAAACUUUCCUGUUGUAGCUGUUCCAUUGGUUGCCUUGGGAACUCAGAGUGGGAUAGUGGAUAUUGUUGAUGUUUCUGCCAAUGCUGUCGCUGCAAGUUUUUCUGUUCAUAACGGGACUGUUAGGGGAUUACGGUGGCUUGGAAACUCUAGAUUGGUUUCAUUUUCAUACACUCAGGUAAGUGAAAAAACUGGAGGUUUUAUCAACAGGCUAAUUGUGACCUGUCUUAGAAGUGGCCUAAAUAAACCAUUUCGGGUUUUGCAAAAGCCUGAACGUGCACCCAUAAGAGCUUUAAGGACUUCUUCCUCUGGAAGGUAUCUUCUUAUUUUGCUCCGUGAUGCACCAGUCGAGGUUUGGGCUAUGACAAAGACUCCUAUAAUGCUUAGAUCACUAGCACUUCCCUUUACGGUUUUGGAAUGGACUCUCCCAACAGUUCCACGCCCUCCUCAAAAUGCACCUGCUAAGCAAUCAUCAUUACCCCCCAAAGAUCAGACAUCAGGGGCAUCAGAUAGGCCAUCAUCUGAUUCUAAGGGCUCAGAUGGAUCCCAAGACGACACUUCCGAAAGCUUUGCUUUUGCACUAGCAAAUGGUGCUCUUGGUGUUUUUGAGGUUCAUGGGCGUAGGAUUCGUGACUUCAGACCAAAAUGGCCUUCUUCUUCAUUUGUCUCAUCUGAUGGACUAAUUACAGCAAUGGCGUACCGUUUGCCUCAUGUGGUUAUGGGGGACAGGUCAGGAAAUAUUCGCUGGUGGGAUGUAAUAACUGGGCAUUCUUCUUCAUUUAACACUCAUAGAGAAGGUAUCCGCAGAAUUAAGUUCUCACCUGUUGUUCCUGGAGACCGUAGUAGGGGGCGUGUUGCUGUACUAUUUUAUGACAAUACAUUUUCCGUAUUUGAUCUUGACUCUCCAGACCCUUUAGCUAAUUCUCUCUUACACCCUCAAUUUCCUGGAACCCUUGUUUUGGAACUUGAUUGGUUGCCUUUGCGAACUGACAAGAACGAUCCACUGUUAUUGUGCAUAGCUGGAGCUGAUAGUAGCUUUCGCCUUGUUGAGAUCAAUAUAGCUGAUAAAAAACUUGGUUUUGCUCACCAGCCCAGAUCUAUAAAAGAAAGGUUCCGUCCCAUGCCUUUAUGUUCUCCUAUAUUGCUUCCCACACCACAUGCCCUGGCACUACGGAUGAUCUUACAGUUGGGCGUAAAGCCCUCCUGGUUUAAUACUUGCAGUACAUCUUUAGAGAAGAGGCCUCAUCUCAUUCCUGGAACUCCAAAGUCCAGUGAGGAUCUUCGCAGUUACAUGAUGGAUGUACAAACUGUUGGUGACCCUGUGGUACCAGAGUUGCUGCUUAAAGUAUUAGAACCUUAUCGAAAAGAGGGCUGCAUACUGGAUGAUGAGAGGGCAAAAUUAUAUGCAAAGGUGGUAAACAAAGGCUGUUCUGUGAGAUUUGCCUUUGCUGCUGCAAUUUUUGGUGAAUCCUCUGAAGCUCUUUUCUGGCUGCAACUGCCGCAUGCCCUUAACUAUUUGAUGAACAAGUCCAUAAAUAAGUCUCCACAGAAAGCCACUGUAUCAGCAUCAGUUCCAGAGCUUGAUAAUGCCUCUAUGGUGACUAGGAUAACAUCAAAAGGAAAAUCAGCGUCUGGAAGAGAAAAGAAAGAUGCAACAAGCCAAGGGCAGCUCAGGUUGAUGGCGUUUGAACAAGAAGAACUCUGGGCAAAUGCAAGUGAACGCAUUCCAUGGCAUGAGAAGCUAGAGGGAGAAGAUGCUAUUCAGAAUCGUGUACACGAGCUUGUGUCGGUUGGGAACUUAGAAGCUGCAGUCAGUUUAUUGCUUUCCACUCCUCCUGAGAGCAAGUACUUCUCUGCUAAUGCUUUACGUGCAGUUGCUCUCUCUUCUGCUGUGUCAAAGUCUCUUCUUGAACUGGCUGUUAAGGUUGUUGCGGCCAACAUGGUCAGGACUGACAGGUCACUGUCAGGUACUCAUCUUCUCUGUGCUGUAGGAAGGUAUCAAGAGGCGUGUUCCCAGUUACAAGACGCGGGGUGCUGGACAGAUGCUGCUACUUUAGCUGCCACCCAUUUGAAAGGAUCUGAUUAUGCAAGGGUGUUGCUAAGAUGGGCUACACAUGUCCUCCGUGCCGAACACAACAUAUGGAGGGCUCUGAUUUUGUAUGUUGCAGCUGGUGCAAUGCAAGGGGCUUUGGCAGCACUCCGUGAGGUCCAACAACCUGACACUGCCGCCAUGUUCAUUCUUGCUUGCCGAGAAAUUCACGCCAACAUCUCUGAUUUAGGAAACUCUGACGAUGAAUCCAAAUCUUCAAUCAAGGACAUGCUUCCACACUUGCCUGGGUUGGGACCCGAGAAUGAAGAUGUCAUUGCAGUGGGUGAAUAUUUUGGGCAAUAUCAGAGAAAGUUGGUGCAUCUUUGCAUGGACUCUCAGCCAUAUGCUGAAUGAACACCAUUGUCUCGUCACUCGGUUGGAAUCUGGUUGUUCUAUCUGUACCACAUGUGAGAAUAGGCAAACGUGUGCUGGGACUCACAGCAAAAGACAGUCGAAGAAAUCCCUUGAUUUGAAGAUGCUCUUAUAUUCGUGGGAAAAUGCAAUUGGGUAUAACAAUGUGAUAUGUUCGACAACGGAGAAUGAGGGUGUAAAAUUGAAUUCGUAUGUUAAGACUGCAGCUGUUCUGUGAGAUAAGCUCAUGAAGCUUGCUUUUUUGUUGUGACCAUUACAGAGGCACUGUAAAUGUAUACAUAUAUCUCAAAGUAUAGGCAGUUCCCAUAGCAGAUGAUAUGAUUUAAAAUUCUUUGCCAGCUAUUUUCUGGCUUUGAUUG